CGCGGGAGGUCCCGGACGGCGGAAGCACCGCAACCAGGGGAUUCGAACGAUCGAGGCGGACGCACGGAGGAUGAUGGCGGCGCAGGUUGGCGACAACCGCUUCAGCUACCGCUCCAAGCCGCCAGCCAGUGUGGCUCCCUUUGUCAACAUGGGGGCUCUGGCGGGCGGCGCAUCCGCCGAGGGACUGCCGUACACCGCCGUACGGCCCUCCCUGCAGCCCGCGCUGCUGGGAUGCGACUCGCCGCCGGGCGCCUACGCGGCGAGUUUGGCGCGGUUCAUUGCCAAGUGUGGCAAGGCGGUGCAGAUGGCAGCCAUGAAACGGCUAGCGGAGCCUCCGCCGCCGCCGCCACCCGACCCAGCCAAGCUAGCUGCCGCUGCUGCUGCUGCUGCUGCUGCUGCAGCGACUCCGGCACAACCGCAGCAACCGCCAGCUCAACAGCAGCAACAGGACCAACCGCCAUCCUCGCAACAGACACUGUUACCGCAACAGCAGCAGCAAUCAAACCUUCAACAACAGCAGCAGCAGCAGCUACCACAGGCACCUUCGCCAUCGCCGCUGCAGCAGCUUCAACAACAACAGCAGCAGCAGCAGCAGCUGCAACAACAGCCCCUAGCUGCCAUGCAGCAAGCCGCAGCCGCUCUUCAACAGCAGAGGCAGCUGCUGCUGCAGCACCAGCAGCAACUGCAAGCUGGUGGACCCAUGGGUCAGCCCCCUGCUGCUACAGGGCCAGCAGCCGGGGCUGGGACCGGGGCUGCUUCUGCUGCUGCUCCUUCCAUGGCGCCAGGCAGUGUUGGUGCUGCUGCGUCGGGGGCUGUGGCCCCGAGUGCUUCCGGAGGUGGAGGAGGUGGCUCGGCGGAUGGACUGCCGUUGCCGCUGCCCCAGCAGCAUGCACAGCAGCAGCAGGCACAGCAGCAGCAGGCACAGCAACAGUAUGGCUCCCUGCCGCUGCCCACCCCAGGGCAAAACAUGCAACAGCAACAACAACAACUGCAGCAGCAACAACAUCUGCAGCAGCAACAACAUCUGCAGCAGCAGCAGCAACUGCAGCAGCAGCAACAACAAUUGCAGCAGCAGCAACAGCAGUCUCAAUACGGUGGCACUCAACAAGCAGGAGCAGGAGGCAACCUGCAACCGGCGGCUGCGUUCCCACAGCAACAGCAGCAGUACGGGCAAUGCAGUACGCCUCAACCAACCGCCCACCAACCGCACCAGCGCCAACAGCAGCCGGGGGCUUCCCUCAUGCAACCAAGUCCGCAUCAGCAGCAGCAAUACCAGCAGAUGCAGCAAUACCAGCAGUUGCAGCAGCAGCAGACGCCCCAGGCGGGGCCAUUGCCGCCGUCGCAGCAGCAGCAGCCGUACCAGCAACCGAACGGCCAAUCCAUGCCACCCGGGGGCUUCCAAGCGAUGGCCCCGCAGCAGCACCAACAGCAAACACAGUUGUCCCAACAGCAGCAGCAGCAACAACAGAACUACCAGGCAGGUAUUCACGCUUUGCCAGGGCAGCAGCAGCAACAACAGUAUCUGCCACAACACGCGCAGAAUCUCCCCCUUGCCAUGCCGGCGCCAUCACAGCAGCAGCAGCACCCGCAGCAGUACCACCAACAGCCGUCUUCCUACACGCACUUCCCUGCACCCCAACAACAACAACAGUCGCAGCAGCAACAGCAGCAGCGGCACCAUGACUCCUACCAGCAACAGCUGCAAUACCAGCAGCAACAGCUACAGCAGCAGCAAGCACAGCUGCUUGCGUCCCG